GGGCCUAACGGCCCUCCUCGCGCCCACUCUCGUCCUCCGUCCUCCUCCCGUUCCGGCUCCCGGCGCCGUCAUUGGCUUGCCUGGGGAAGCCGGUGUGAGGGACCACGGCGGCCAGGGCCCUGCGAGCGGCGGCAUUCCUGAUGCCGGGGCUCGUCUGCCGCCUCUUUCCGCGUGAAACCCGGAGCGGGCAUCGGGAUCGCCAGUUUACUCUUAGCCAUCUGUGGUGACCUUGGGUCUCCUUCAGGGCACCUGGCGGAAAGCACGAAAGCUGGGGAGAUCCUGGAGUCAGUCACAGUAGCUUUUAGGACCGGCAGCACUGCAGAAAUGGCAGAGUUUGGGAUCUCUCCUGGCCAGCUUGUGGCAGUGUUCUGGGACAAGUCAUCUCCUGAGGAGGCCCUAAAAAAACUGGUAGAUAGUCUUCAAGGGUUAACUGGCAGCGAGGGCCAAGUAUUCACGGAAAACAUCAGCCAGCUGUUGCAGUCUGCCCAUAAAGAAUCCAGCUUCGAUGUUAUUCUGUCGGGUGUAGUCCCAGGAAGCACCUCUCUGCACAGUGCUGAGGUUCUGGCUGAGAUGGCCAGAAUCCUCCGGCCAGGGGGAUGCCUUUUUCUGAAAGAACCAGUGGAGACAGCUGUAGUGGACAAUGACAAAAUGAAGACGGCCUCUAAACUGUGUUCGGCCCUGACUCUUUCUGGCCUUGUGGAAGUAAAAGAGUUGCAGCGGGAGUCCUUAAGCUCCGAGGAGGUGCAAUCUGUCCAGGAACACCUGGGCUACCACAGUGACAGCCUGCUCUCAGUUCGUAUCACUGGCAAGAAGCCAAACUUUGAAGUGGGCUCUUCCAGCCAGCUUAAGCUUUUCAACAAGAAGCCUUCAUCAGUGAAGCCUGUUGUGGAUCCUGCUGCUGCCAAGCUCUGGACCCUCUCAGCCAAUGACAUGGAGGAUGACAGCAUGGAUCUCAUUGACUCAGAUGAACUGCUAGAUCCAGAAGAUUUGAAGAAGCCCGAUCCAGCCUCCCUGAAGGCUCCUUCAUGUGGGGAAGGGAAAAAGAGGAAGGCUUGUAAGAACUGCACCUGUGGCCUUGCAGAAGAGCUGGAGAGAGAGAAGUCAAAGGAGCAGGGCACUCAGCCCAAGUCUGCCUGUGGAAAUUGCUAUCUGGGGGACGCUUUCCGCUGCGCCAACUGCCCCUACCUUGGGAUGCCAGCCUUCAAGCCUGGAGAGCAGGUGCUCCUGAGCACUAGCAAUCUCCAGGAUGCCUAGGAGGAGCCUCAAGCACACACCUGCUCCUCCAGCCAACUCCUGUCCCUCAGCCGCCACUGCCUCUUCCCACACUGGAUUGUAGCAGAGUGAAGCUUCCGGGUGCAGUGGUGUGUGGUGCUGCUAUGUCUUGGAAGACCAAGGUGUGAGGGGACCUGCGUCUUAUAGUGUUAGGAGAAGGGGUGUACCUCAGGGUCCCCUCCUGAUGUGACAGUGCUGACCCUCUCCACCCUUGAAUAUUUAUGCUGUACAAGCUGCAGGCUCCGCUCAGUGAUGCUGGCUGCCACCUGCUGGUCUUCCUCGGUGUGUAAUUCUUGGAGCUAUGGGUCAGCCGUCAAAGGGCCUCAGGGGUACUAAAGAAGUCACUCCCCAGUUGCUUGAUCCAUCUGUGUCCUCUGCCCUUCCCACCUCGCCCCAUUUUGCUGUAGUGUGGAUCUGUGUCCUGUUGUCAUUUCUGUCAAACAAUAGAUAGUAAACGUUCAUGUUUCUAUGUAUCCCUUGCCAUGUGUGUAUUUGUGUGGGAGUCUGUCACAGUCAUCCACAUUCAACUUGGACUAUGAAACUUGUUCUUGAAGAAGCCAAUGUCACUGAUGUCUCACGGGAGUGGGGCCAGAACUGACCUUGCAGAUUAGGACCUGUCUCCAUCUCCUGUAGGAGAGUCCAGGUUGAGAAUGGGGGGAGGGGCGAGGCAGGCUGGGCCAGCAGCAGCAGUGUCAGUACAGGAACCCUUCCUUCUCCCUGCUGCCUGCCCACACUCCUAUAAUCCAUCCUGCCUGAUCUUUGUUUCAAAUAAAAGUAUCCACUGUUUCCUGUCCUUGAAA